CCGCCUUUCUUUUCCCUUUGGUCAUCAUCGUCUUCCGUUAGAAAUCGCAGAAGAUGAAGUUCGUCGGAGCUAACAAGAUCACUUUCGUCACCUGCUUCGUUCUAGCUCUGAGCAUCUACGUAGCGCUUCACGGCUUCAACCUCCACGGAGUCAUCCUCAGCUUCACACAAGAUUCUCUUCGCAACGGCAGCGUUUCUGAUCAAUCCGAUUUCGUUUCAAAGGAUCAGCUGUACCUGGCUAUCGACGACGACGACGAAGACGUAUCGCGGCUCCGAUACGACUACUACGGCGUCUCUUGUCCGUUCGCCGAGAAAAUCAUCGGAAAUGCUGUUAACGAGAUCUACAAGGCUAGGCCUGGGAUAGCUCCGUCGCUUAUCCGCCUCCUCUUUCACGAUUGCUUCAUCGAGGGAUGCGAUGCGUCGGUUCUACUAGACGCAGAUGAAUCGCAGAGUUCCGAGAAAGAAGCGCCUCCCAACUUAUCACUGAAAGCUCUUGACGUGAUUGCGUCUAUUAAGUCUGAGUUGGAGAGAACUUGUCCCGGAGUCGUCUCCUGUGCCGAUAUUCUUGUUAUGAGCACUAGAGAGGCACUCGCAUUGGCGGGAGGACCAAGCUAUACUUUGAAAACAGGGAGGAAAGACAGCUUAUUCACCUUCAAAGACAUUGCAGAACGUGAGCUUCCUUCUCCAAGGUCUACCCUCUCUCAAAUACUUGCAAGUUUUGCUUCCAGAGGGUUCAGCGCACAAGAAACUGUCACUUUAUUAGGAGCCCACAGCAUUGGCAUUACGCACUGCACAUUCUUCAAGGACAGACUCUACAACUUCUCAGGAACCGACAAUCCUGACCCUGAGCUCAAUCCAGGGUUCCUCCAGGAACUGAAGACAAAAUGCCCUUUCUCUGCCUCGGCAUCAUCUCCAUCUCCGUGCCCUGACACUGGUUUUGCACCGUCCUUAUCUGCUUCGGAUUACCACAGCAACUACGGUCUGAGCUCGGAGAACGACGGUGUCAUCGACUUGAGCUUCAAUAACGAAGGAGGUCCCCUUAACUUCGGAUCACGCUACUACAGGAGACUUUUGCAGAACAAAGGGGUUAUGUACGCAGAUCAGCAACUAAUGGCCAGUGAAGAGACUGCGACAUGGGUGAGAGCUUACUCUUCUGAUCCACUCUUGUUCCGGCGGGAUUUCAUCAAGGCGAUGGUGAAACUCUCCAGCUACCAUGUCCUGACUGGUCCUUUAGGUCAAGUCAGAACAAACUGCUCAAAGGUCCUUGCUUGAUCUUCUUCGUUUUUACCACUUCUGAUCUCUCCCUUCAGCAUUUUUGCGACUGAUUUGUAUAACAAUGUGGGACCUUUGGUUCAAUGAGUUUGUGUUGAACCAUUAGGUUUUUGAGUUCAAAAAGCUCAUCUGUUCUUACAGAGGGCUCAAGAGCACAAGUCAAAUAAAAAAACAAAAGUUUCAAGGUAUUUUUGUCAUGUUGACA